AUGCAAUUCGUUACUGUGUUCCUUAUGGCUGCCUCGGCCUUCGCUGCAUCUACUGGUGUCACAGAGUCUACCACCCAAACUUCAGUUGUUUCGGUCACUGUUACUUCAUGCGAUUCUUCUGUCACUGAUUGUCCAUUUUCGAACAGCAGCGCGCCAGUCUCAACUUACGAGGGUGGUGCUCCAAUUCAUGGUUCUUUUUACGCUGCUGGAGCUGCCGCUCUUGCAGCAGGUGCUUUCCUUCUCUAA